GCCCCCCAGUAUCGGCUCAGCCCUGCCUGAACAGUAUAAUGUGGGGGGUCAGGGCGCGACCCCUAAAUGCUGAUAUUAGUUCUGCCCUAUUACCCAUAUUGCUCUGCCGGAAUGUUCCACUGUGACACCAGCAGGGGGGCCACCUUAACCCUAUAAUAGGGCCCCAUUCUGCCACACAGGGGCAUUACUAGGUUGUGUAUCUUUGCAGCCUUCCCAUAUUUUAAAGCAAAUUCCCUAUUAAUGCCAUUGGCAUAGUAUCAUGCAUAGCGGGCACAGGGUACAGUCUCCCUCACAGGGGCCACUAUUAAUACAGAGAGACGGAACGCUUCCGCCAGCAGAUAAUAUGUCGCCCUCAGGGCCUCAGUGACUGCAGUGCGCAUGUUCCUCUCACGCUGCCCCCGUUGGGCAUGCGCAGUAGCGAGGUACUGGCACUGGGACUCGGAGCGCUCUGCUCUAUGCACUGCGCAUGCGUCGAUAGCUGAACUCUUCUUUUUUCUUCACCUCAUACGGCGCAUGCGCAGAAGAAAUGAGUCUUUGGUUAAUUUUCUUUGCUCAGGAUCCUAAAAUCCCACAGAGGGGGAUCAGCUGCCCCGCAGGGAGGGAGAGGAAGGGCACUCACCACUGAGCAGCGGGCGCAGCAUGGACCCCACCUUCCUGCCCCAACAAGUCUCCGUACGGGCUCUGGUAACGUUCCAUGAUGUGGCCGCGUGUUUCUCAGACGAAGACUGGCGCCUCCUAGAGGACUGGCAGAAAGAGCUGUACAAGAACGUUAUGCGGGAGAUCCACACUGCCCUGCAGGCCAUGGGAUACACAAUACUGAACCCAGAGCAGCUGCUACGUGUGCAGAAAGGGACAUCACAGGACAAUGAGAAGAGAAAGGAGCAGGAGCACUUACUCACUGCAGGUGCUCCUGUGUUCAACCCCGAUAUCUCUCUGUGGAUCCGGGAAGUGGUGGAGGAUAAUUUUUCUACUUCUCAGAAUCCAGACCAGACAGCCGACCCAGAUUCCCCUACUUCAGAGCUCACUGUGCUGAAGCCGGACAUAUUUCUGCGCAUAAAGCCCGACGAGCUGGUGUUUGAGGCCUGUCCUGACCCGGAACCCGAGAAUGGAGACACCGGGGAGAGUGACCAGAGCGUGAGGUCCGGCAUUUCCGUCACUAUAGAGAGGGAGGAGGAGCCUUUCUGGCUGAACAUCCAGGAGACGGAAAAUGAGGAUUUUGGAGAAGAACAGGAUGCAGGUGACGGUUUUGGCAGCAGGGUAUUGGAGGAUUGCCUUACCCCCUUUCAGCCUGACGACGUGCCCAUAGGGAACAGUUCUCACUUACCCCAGGAGGACUGGGAUAACACUUCCACCAUUCGACUUCCCCGGGCUCGGAAGUGUCAAUCCAUAUACAGGAUUGGUCAGUCCCAGUGUGCGUACGACUUUACCGACCCAUCUAGCCCCACCCCACCCAGGGCAUUUCAGUGCUCCGAAUGCCAGCAGAGCUUUAGUGAGAGUGAGAUGUUGCUUCUACACCAGUCAGUCCACACGCCAUGGACGUGUAACCCACAGGAAGGGGGUGGUGGUGGGGUGUACAUUCCCCAACAGCCUUCAUCUGCCCUUCUCGGAGGCUGCCCGGUGGUGCCAGCACCUUAUAUAUGUGGAGAUUGCGGUAAGGGCUUCUCCAGCUCCUACAAACUCAAGAUACACCAGAGAAUCCACACAGGAGAGAGGCCAUACAAGUGCCUUGUGUGUGAGAAACGUUUUCACAAAAGCGCCCACCUCAAGGUCCAUCAGAGAACGCACACAGGGGAGAGGCCCUAUGGGUGUCAGGUUUGUGGCAAGAGGUUCACCAAGUCCUACCAUCUGAAGGUCCAUCUGAGAACACACACAGGCGAGAGGCCAUACCAGUGCCCAGAAUGCCUCAAAACCUUCAGUGUCAACUCCCACCUAACGGUGCACCAGAGAACUCACACGGGGGAGAAACCCUUUGUUUGCUUUGAAUGUGGCAAAAGCUUCCGGCAGAAAACCAGCCUUCUGGGCCACCAAAAAUCGCACCAACGACUCGGGGAGCGUAGAAAGCUGACUUGGAAGACUCUUUGGCCUGAGAAAUGAUAGAUGUUUCUAGCAAGAACUUGGGCAUAGAAGUUACUUUAUGAAUGAGUGGCUCAGGCCAUUGGGGCAGAAGCCACUUGGAGUUCUCCAAGCAGAAGGAACGACUGUCCAGGUCACCCCUCUUUCUGUGGCUUCAGAUCCAUGGCUAAAGGGAGGUUUCAGCGCUCCAGUGAGUGCAUUAGAACCCAAAGGAGAUACAAACUUCUCAGCACCUUGUUUGGAGGUCUCCCCUGUCCAUUAAUGAGUUCCCAUUUAUCUUUCUGUGUGUGAUUCAGCCCCUUCACCGAUAGGAUCUCCUCUGGGAACUUGGUCCAGUCCUGCACGUGGCAGAUGGUUCCAGAGAAUUGGCACUUUAUAUUUCCCAGCUGCCAUGGUUCUAGUUCAUCUAAUCCAUGUUACACCCCUAAUGGCAGCAUCUUUAGGGAUGUAUUUUCUUCCUAUCCUGGUGUUCAGGGUUCUCAUGGGUUAAUUUCUAUUAAAAGUGAGUUUUCCCUUUUGUUUCUGCUAAGUGA